GGAGAGCGCGAGGGGCGCGGGGUCAUGCGGUACGCCAACGGCAACGUUUACGACGGCGAGUGGAAGGCGGGUAAGAGGGAGGGGCGCGGCGUCGUGCGGUACGCCGACGGCAGCGUCUACGACGGCGAGUACAAGGCGGGUGAGAUGGAGGGGCGCGGCGUCUACCGGCACGCCAAUGGCAACGUCUACGACGGCGAGUGGAAGGCGGGUAAGAUGGAGGGGCGCGGCGUCUACCGGCACGCCAACGGCAACGUUUACGACGGCGAGUACAAGGCGGAUAACAUGGAGGCCAUCAGCAAGAGGCCCGCGCCAGACGUCUACGAGGGCGAGUUCAAGGCGGGUAAGAAGGAGGGGCGCGGCGUCUACCGGUACGCCAACGGCGACGUCUACGAGGGCGAGUACAAGGCGGGUAAGUAUGAGGGGCGCGGCGUCUACCGGCACGCCAACGGCGACGUCUACGACGGCGAGUGGAGUCGGGCUUCUACAAGCAGGGUGCGCGCGUCGGCGAGGGCGUCAUGUGGGUGGCGGACGGGCGGCGGGCGGCGCGGGUGCGUGACGGGAAGGCGGUGGAGAUGA